UGCUCUCUUUCUCCCCUUUGAAUAACUCUCAGCUUUCCCACCCGCGUGCUGUUUGCUUCAACUUUGAGCAAUUUCUUUUCUUUUUCUCUCUCUCUCUCUCUCACUCUCUCAAUUUUCAAAUCCCAAAUCUCAAGUCAAGAAGAAAAUCCCAAUUUUUUGUUUCUGGGUUUUGGUGGAAAUUAGGAAUCCAAGGAGUUUCAUUAAUGGCAGAGGUUUUGAGCAAAACCAGUCUGUUCUCGUCUUGGCAUCAUCACAAUCGUCAGAAUCAAAGCAUCUCUGUUUUCCCAAAGAGUUGUAAUUACAAUAAAUCUGGGUCGUUUUGUUGCUCUCUGAAACUGAACCCAGAGAUUUCAUCACUUUCAUUAUCGACAAAGAGUGAUUUUCAUGGCAAAAGGGUUGCUCUUCAAGAGCAUAGAGCCAUGCCCAGCAGAGGGAAUUUCCAAUCCCAGGCUGCUUCUGUCGUUAAUUCCCAGAAUCAGCAGACGGGUCUUCGGUUUGGGAAAGCUCUUAAAUGGUGGGAAAAGGGAAAUCAACCCAACAUGAAAGAGGUAACAUCUGCACAGGACCUCGUGGAUUCACUAUCAAACGCUGGAGAUAAGCUUGUGGUUGUUGAUUUCUUCUCUCCUGGUUGUGGUGGCUGCAAAGCUCUUCAUCCAAAGAUAUGUCAACUGGCAGAGAUGAACCCAGAUGUCCAAUUCCUUCAGGUGAACUAUGAGGAACACAAAUCCAUGUGUUAUAGCCUUAAUGUUCAUGUGCUGCCCUUCUUCCGCUUCUACAGAGGUGCUCAUGGUCGUCUAUGCAGCUUUAGCUGUACAAAUGCCACGAUCAAGAAAUUUAAAGAUGCCUUAGCCAAGCACAAGCCAGACCGCUGCAGUCUUGGACCAACAAAGGGGUUGGAGGAGAAAGAGCUCCUGGCUCUUGCUGCUAAUAAAGAUAUCUCAUUUAACUACACACCUAAACCAGUUGAAGCCGUGCCUACGCCUGCAAAGGAAGUGAUUGUAUCUGAAGCGGCACCAUCUCGUCUUAACUCGGAAGCUCUUCCUCUUCCAUCAACGACAACCUCAAAGUCUGCUCAAGUGGUCACUGCCUGGAGAUAACGUGGUUAGUUUCACAAUCCCUACCCUACCCCGUUGUGAUGUACAGUUGUGUUUCUUCUUGAUGAUACAUGCCAGAAUGAAACACACACACA